UUAUCACAGUGUCCCAAAGGCACCGCAGAACUGUGCUCUCGGAAUUACUAAAGAAAGAUGAACUUGUGGUCACUGCGGUGUUUGUGCUUUGGCAGCCCGGAUUGCAUACCACCUGCGGUGUCCUCACGGAGGCGGCUGGCACGGAGGCCCGGCUACAUGAGAAGCUCAGCUGGGCCCAGGAUCAGGUUCCCUUCCCCAGACGUGGGCAUGCCGUCCCGAGUCCCAGCAGGGGUGCGUGGGGAGGAGUCCCACCACUCUCAGUCCAGGGUUGGACGGUGUGGCCUUGGCCUGGGAGGCCGGUGUACAGGCCUCUUGCUCAGGAGCACAGUAGCGCCUGCUGUGACCUCUGUGGGCCACCCAGGCCUGGCUCUAACCUCUGUGAGAGGAACCUCAGCAGGCUUUGGGACUCAGCUCAGAGGUGGCACUAGACUGCCCUCUGGGCUCACCAGGCCCUGUGGCCCUGGGGAUGCUGGGUGUCAGCAAGAGUUUUCAUCCAUGGACAGUUGCGAGGCCCCAGAUGCUGGCCGGGAUGCAGCCUGUGGUGAAGGAGUGAUGGGCGCCCCGGCGACAGGCUCUCUGGCACUGACAGAGUUGAGCAGCAACAGCUGUGGCCUUGGAAGAGGCCCCUUAUUCCCCUCAGCCCCUCCUGGCUCUCACGAGGCCUUUACCUCAAGCUUUAGCUUCAUUCGGCUUUCCCUGGGCUCUGCCGAGGAACGUGGGGAAGCGGAAGGCUGCCCGCCACCCAGAGAGGCUGAGCACCCUCGUCAGAGCCCCCAGGACAUGGGCACCAAAACUACUGGCUUGGACGGGCCCCGCCAGGACCCUGCACGUGUCUUUCUGCCCUUCCAUCUGUCCACUGCUUCUGGCUCUGCAGAUUCUGCCUGGGAUGCAGCAAGCAGCCCCAGGCCAGAGUGUGAGGUGCUUUCUUCCCUGGUUGUGGACACCGAGUCCCUCUGUACCCUGGACCCCCCACUGGCCAGUCAUGCUCCUGACGAGGGCAGUGGCUGGGGGGAUGCCUGUCUCCAGCACGCCCUGCUCAGGACCUGGGACCCUGUGCUGCGUGGCUGCCUACUAAGCAAUCACAGACAGCUGAAGAUGUCAGAACUCUGGAAAAUAGGCAACCCCAAAUGUUAUGAAACCAAGAAAAAGACAACUGAAAACGCUGAGAUGUUAAAACAAAGAUUAGAAGACCUGGAGCAGGAGAAAAGCAGCCUGCACUUUCAGCUUCCGUCCAGGCAGCCACCUCUAAACAGCUUCCUGGGUCACCUGGCGGCCCAGGUCCAGGCUGCCUUGCACCACCGGGCCACUCAGCAGGCCAGCAGUGAUGCCAGCCAAGCCCCACUCAGAACGGAGCCCUGGCCAUUGGAACCCACUGCUCAGGACAGCCUACAUGUGUCCAUCACGAGACGAGAAUGGCUUCUUCAGGAAAAGCAGCAGUUACAGAAAGAAAUUGAAGCCCUCCAAGCAAGGAUGUCUGUGCUGGAAGCCAAAGACCAACAGCUGAGAAGGGAAAUAGAUGAGCAAGAGUGGCAAGCCCAGUGGCGGGACUGCGGCCUGAAUGCCCUGAUGGGCCAGCUGUCCCUGGGCCAGUUGCAGGAGGUCAGCCAGGCCUUGCAGGACACCCUGGCCUCAGCCAGUCAGAUUCCCUUCUGUGCAGAGCCACCUGAAACUAUAAGGAGCCUCCAGGAAAGGAUACAGUCCCUCAACGUGUCCCUAAAAGAAAUCACUACUAAGGUGUGUUUGAGUGAGAGACUCUGCAGCACUCUGAGAAAGAAGGUUAAUGACAUUGACACCCAACUGCCGGCAUUGCUGGAAGCCAAAAUGCUUGCCAUCUCAGGAAAUCAUUUCUGUACAGCAAAGGACCUCACCGAGGAGAUUAGAUCAUUAACAUUAGAGAGAGAAGGGCUGGAGGGACUCCUCAACAAGCUGUUGGUGCUGAGUUCCAGAAAUGGUAAAAAGUUGGGAAGUGUUAAAGAAGAUUACAACAGAUUGAGAAGAGAACUGGAACACCAAGAAACUGCCUACGUAACAUGUUUGAAGGAAAAUACUGUGAAAUACAUGGAAAUGAUCAAGGAUAAACUGUGCAGCUGCAAAUGUUUGUUGCUUGGGAAAGUGUGGGAAGCAGACCUGGAAGCUUGUCGGUUGCUUAUCCAGAGCCUGAACCUCCAGGAAGCCAGGGGCAGCCUGUCUGCAGAAGAUGAGAGGCAGAUGGAUGACUUAGAGGGAGCCGUCUGUACAGCCUCUCUGGCCCUCCACCCCACACCCCACUCUGAAGAUGAGACGAAGACUCCUUUGCAGGCAUUUGAAGAUUGGAAGGCUCACCCAACCCCCUUUCCACACUGUGCUGGAGGAGAACAGAAAGAGGAAUCUUACUUCCUUUCUGCAGAACUUGGAGAAAAAUGUGAAGCCAUAGGCAAGAAGUUAUUGCACUUGGAAGACCAGCUUCACACGGCAAUCCAUAGUCACGAUGAAGAUCUCAUUCAGUCUCUCAAGAGGGAGCUCCAGAUGGUGAAGGAAACUCUGCAGGCCAUGAUCCUGCAGCUCCAGCCAGCAAAGCAGGUGGGAGAAAGGGAGGCUGCAGCUUCCUGUGUGACAGCUGGCGUCCGGGAAGCACAGGCCUGAGGAGUGCUGGGAAGGGAAGGAGGAGGCCACCGCGUCAUCGUCAUCGGUGUGGACUCGGGCUGCUCCCCCGCCUUCCGCAUAGCUAAUGUGACUCAAUCAGUUAUGGAGAUGCAGAGCCUUGAGGUCUUCCAGCAGAACGGUGGUCCGUGCUCAUUCUGAGACUGAAAUCAGGGAGUCUGUGAUGGGAAUGAGCAGAGGAGAAGGCUCUGCUGAAUUUUCUUCUAAAUGGCACUCAGAGAUUUCUGUGUCAUUCAUGAGAGUAUCAGGUGCAGGAUUUGAAAAUCUUUCUAUUGCAGCACCCAUUAGAGAGAAGUGGGGGUGAAUUCUGCUGGAAAAACGUCUCUUUGUCCCGUACCAUUUUGCUUUCUGCUACAGCUAAAAUAAGACUCUGCCCCCAUACCUGUUACACUUUUAUACAGGUGCUUGAUCUGAGAAAGCUAAUUAACCACAGAGUCUGGAAUUAGCAGCUUUUCACCUUACUUCUCCUGUAAUCGAACAUUACAUCAGAGAAACUAAUAUGCAACUUCCAAAAGAUAUUUAGGUAAGGCACCAGCCCCUCAGUGAGGUGCAGCCUUUCAAAUUUCCUUAUGUUGCAAUGACUGUCUCUACAGAA